ACUCUUUAUUAUAUAUCUGGACCCAACCUCCUCUCCUUCGACAAAACAGCUCACAUGGCUAGUAUUUUUCCAACCCCAAAUCCAAUUUUGUCUCACCUGAUCGCUCUCACUUUCCUCCUUCUCCUCACAACAACUCCAGCAGCCGCCACUGGAGAAGACGGCACCUUCGUGAAGAGAGUAGAUCGCCGGUUACUAGGGCUAAAGAAGGAGAAACUCAGCCAUUUUAAGUUCUACUGGCAUGACAUACUGAGCGGUCCAAACCCAACGUCCGUACCUAUAGUUCUACCGCCGUCGAACAAAUCAACCACUGCCUAUGGUGGAGUCAAUAUGAUCGAUGACCCUUUAACCCUCGGCCCGAAACUUAGCUCGAAGAUGGUGGGCAGGGCCCAGGGGCUCUAUGGAUCGGCUUCACAACAAGGGGUGGGACUUCUGAUGGUGAUGAACUUUGCUUUUAUGGAAGGGAAGUAUAACGGGAGCACGAUCACGGUGCUGGGGCGGAACAUGAUAUUUUCGAAGGUGAGGGAGAUGGCGGUGAUAGGCGGCACCGGGCUUUUCCGGUUCGCUAGGGGGUAUGUUGAAGCUAGAACUAGCACGGUGGAUCUCAAGACUAGAGAUGCUGUUGUUGAGUACAAUGCCUAUGUGAUGCAUUAUUGAUGCAUUUUUUAUUUUUUUUUGUCAAUUUAACUUUCCUGCGAAUUUCUAAAUAAGAGAAAUGCCUUUCGGUGGGGUGGGUGAUGGGGUUUCUAGGGGGUGUUUGGGAGCCUACUUUUUGGCUUUUCAUUUUUAGCUUUUUGGCUUUUUGACUUUUUGGAUUAUGGCCAGAAUGUAUUUUGAGUAUGGUAGAGUGUUUGGGAGAUUUGUGCAGAAUGUAUUUUGAAAUUGUAGUAGUGUUUGGUAGAUGAUUGUUGAAAAUGAAUUAUUGGUUGCAUUUUUACCA